AUGGCAAAAAGACAAGCAAUUGAGGUAGUUGAUAGGACAUUGUUAGAUAUAAUAGGGAAUUCUGAGUCAUUUGGAGGUAAAGUUGUGGUAUUCGGAGGAGAUUUCAAACAGCCAACUGAAAUUGAAGAUUUGAUAAAAAUACCUGAUGAGAUGGUCAUUACAAUGAAAAAUGAAGGUGAUAGUGAGGAGAAAUUGAUAAAUGAAAUAUUCAAUGGAUUGCAACAUCAUGGUCAUUCGACAAAAUAUAUAGCAGAAAGAGCAAUAUUGAUAACUAAGAAUGAAAUAGUUGACAAAUUAAACGAGAUGCUAAUUAAUUUUUUUCCUAGAGAAAGUGUUACAUACUACAGUUUUGAUUCAGCAACUGAUUAUGCAGAUACACAAUAUCUAGAAGAAUUUCUCAAUUCAUUGACGCCAAAUGGAUUACCACCUCACAAAUAA